CCUUGGGUAUAUAUAGGGAGGAGUACUGACCGGUUCUCAAGUUGGAAUAAUAUUCUGAUUCACAUCCAACUUUGAAAGCUGCAAAAUAUGUCUUUUGAAGGAAAAGCUGUGUUUGCUUCUCUCCCAAGAGUGAAACGAGGUAUACCGACGGUCCUCAAGGGUGAUCCCAAGGGAAAAAAUAUCCUCUAUACCAACGGGAAAAGCGUAUUUAUACGAGACAUUGAGAACCCAACUGAAUGUGAUGUGUAUUCCCAACAUGCCAAGGACACGACAAUAGCUGUUUAUGCUCCAAGUGGAUUUUACAUUGCAUCUGGUGAUAUUUCUGGGAAACUGCGUAUUUGGGACACCACCCAAAAGGAACAUAUCUUAAAGUAUGAAUAUCAGCCGCUUGGAAGAGCAAUCAAGGACCUCGCAUGGUCGCCUGAUAGUAAGAGGAUUGUCACUGUCGGAGAUGGAAAUGAAAAGUAUGGUGCUGUGUUCUUGUGGGACAGUGGAUCUAAUGUGGGAACUAUUGAACAGCACAUGAAACAGAUUAAUGCUGUCGAUUACAAAUCAUCACGACCUUACCGUAUUUGUACAGCCAGUGAGGAUUUUGCAGUCAACUUCUACGAAGGACCACCAUUCAAAUUCAAGCACAGAAAUUCAGAACACACCAACUUUGUCAACUGUGUGAAGUACUCUCCUGAUGGUAGUGUAUUUGUUUCUGGUGGAGCUGAUGGAAAGGUAGUGUUAUAUGAUGGAAAAGAGGGCACGGUGGUUGAUGAAUUUGGUAAGAGUGAACCCAAUGGAAAGGCCCACAAAGGAGGGGUUUAUGGAGUAUCUUUUAGCCCUGAUGGAAAUCAAUUCUUAACUGCCUCUGCAGAUCGUACCUGCAAAAUUUGGAAUGUGCCUGACCGAACCCUCACCACGACAUUCAAGUUUGGCUCAGACCUAGAAGACAUGCAGGUUGGAUGCUUGUGGCAGGGUGAAAACCUUAUUUCAGUAUCCCUAUCUGGUUACCUUAACUACCUGGACCGGGAAAACCCUGACACACCCAAGAAGAUUAUUAUGGGCCACUACCAAAAUAUCAGUGCAGUUGCAACCUCCAUAGAAAAAAAGAGGAUCUACUCAGCCAGCUUUGAUGGCAGAAUAAUCAGCUGGGAUGCCGAUGGUAAUGGUAGAGUAUUCAAGGGUAAAGGACACACAAAUGAGAUCAGAUAUAUGGCAGUUGAUGAAGAAAACCUGGUCACCUGUGGUCUUGAUGACACAAUAAGAUUUACCAGCCUUGAGACUGAGACAUUUGGGUCAGAUGUAGUAUCACUGGAUGGUCAGCCCCAAGGACUUGGUCUUGGAAAAGAUGGUCUUGUUGUUGUACCAUUAGUUGAGGAGGUUGUAGUGAUCCGUAACAAGAGGAUUGUUUCCAGGCUUAAAGUUCACUACGAGCCAAGUGGUGCCUCUAUCCACCCUGGACAAAAUGAAGUUGCUAUUGGUGCUAAAUUUGAAAGAUGUGCUUACAUCUACACCCUUGAGAACGAUACCCUGGUAGAGAAGACAAAAGCAAAUGUUGAGGGUGGCAGUGGGGUGCUUCUUGUUGGCUAUUCACCUGAUGGAGCAUACUUGGGUAUCUCUAAUGAUAGCAAGAAGAGCUACUGCUUAACUACUAGUGACUACAAGGAUAUUAGUGGAGAGUGGUACGGACAUGCUGCAAAAAUAUUCUCCCUUGCCUGGUCACCGGACUCUAAAUUCAUGGCCACUGGAGGAUUGGACUCACAUAUUUUCAUCUACAAACCAGAAGAACCCAAGAAAAAGGCAAUGAGCAUCAAAUUUGCUCACCCUCAGAGUCCUGUAACCUGUGUCGCAUGGCUUGAUAACACUACCCUAGUAUCUGGUGCCCAGGAUUGUUGUUUGAGGAUAUGGGGAUUUAAAGCCUGAAGACAGACUGCGUGGUGACAUGUUACAUACAAGACAAUCAAGUUGCGUUCAGAAAUUAUCCAAUAAUCUGCAAUAAAUAAUUAUAAAACUCAAAUGAAUAU